GCGCAUGACAGGAAAUGAAAUUCAAUGACAUCCUGAAAGCAAGAGAACGCCAUAUUCAUUGUUCGUUUAUUCUAAAUCUACGUCUGAUUUCUGCUAAUUAAUUUAGCUGUAGAUGUUUAAAUACUCGUAUCCGUGCUUACAGUGCUAACAUUUCAUUAGCAUUUUGCACAGAAAAAUGUCAUGCAUCCACUACAAGUUCAAAAGUAGCCUGGACUACAAUUCUGUUACUUUUGAUGGCCUACAUCUUUCUCUUGCUGAUUUAAAGAAAGCUAUAAUACAGCAGAAGCGAUUAAAACCUGGAGAAUUUGAUCUGGAAAUUACAAAUGCUCAAACGGGAGAUGUGUACAAGAAGAAUGAUGAAUUGAUAGCAAAAAAUACAUCUGUGAUCGUUUCAAGGGUGCCUAUGAAUAAAACCACUGCCAGCAGCACCCAGAAAUCAUGGGAGGCGUUCAAGCAGGAAUGUGCUAAAGUAAAAGAGAAAGAACGACUGAUGACUUUAGAAAAAUUAAAACAGACACCUGAUCUAGUUAAUGCCCCAGCAUCAGAGAUUGAUAAGAUCAAAGCUGUGAUUGAUCAAUCAACUAAAGGUUUUGAAUCUUCGAAUCUUCUUGGCAAAAACCAGACAGGAACACCUCAUGAAAAUUAUGUGUGCAAAAGAUGUGGACAAAGAGGCCAUUUUGUUGCAAGUUGUCCCAACUCCAAUGUUGAAGAUCGCAUUGUUGAACCCCGCUAUAAACGCACAACUGGCAUACCAAGUACCAUGUUGACCAUUGUAGAUGACCCCUUGCAUCCAGGAGCCCUGUUGACUCAUCAUGGCCAGUUUGCAGUGCCCACUGUUGAUGUUCUUGGCUACAUGGAAACCAAAAAAGAGAGACCUCCAUUUUUGCCAGGGGAAAGUCAUCCUGAACCACCAAAGAAAAAAAUACCCCAAGAACUUCUUUGCCAUAUUUGUGAAGAUCUGUGUGUGGAUGCAGCUAUUGCUCCCUGUUGUGGAACCAGCUUCUGUGAUGAGUGUCUUCGAGAAGUUUUGCUUGAAAGUGAAGAUCAUCAGUGUCCAUCUUGUAAGGAGACCAAUGUGUCACCUGACAGAAUUGUUGCCAAUAGAUCUAUGAGACUUGCUGUCACCAAUUUUUUAAAUGAUACUGGAUAUACUAAGGCAAAGAGACGUCGCACUAUGUCAAGUGGACCUGAGACAAAUCAAACCAAUACUUUACCUCCUAGAAGACUAUCUCCAAACAAGUCAGCCAGCAGUCCUAGCUCAGGUAAUCAAAGGGCUGAUGCUUCACCAACAUACAGUGAUUCUAAAGAGACAUUGAGCACUUCUAACUUAACUCAUCAAGGCUCACAGAUUGCUAGUGAUAUGAAUAGACACCACAACCCUCAUUAUAGAUCAUAUAAUAGGCCAUCCAGAUAUCAGCACUCUAACUAUUCAAAGCCAUGGCGGCGUUAUGCAGAUCGACAUAAUGAACGAAAUCCUGGCACUUCUUGGAGAAAUGAUUCUGACUACAAUUCACAUUCAUAUAGACAAGCUGAGAACACAUCUGCUAGAGAUAAGGAUGACACUACUGGAGGAGGAUUAUCUGCUUCAGACAGUGUUCAGGAAAAUGGUGGUGUAAAAGAACCAAUUCUGGCAACACCUCAGCUUAAAGAUGGAUUAAGUCUAACACCACAGCCUCAAGAAGGACUAACCUCCACAGAAGAGCAUCAGGAAGGAGAGAGCUCAAGGCGUCAGCACCAAGAGGGACAUAACCAGGUACAUCAACGGCAAGAGGGACAGAUCCCAACUCAUCAUCGCCAGGAAAGACAUCAGCCUCCUUGGCCUCCAAUCCCUACUUCUCUGCCUGACAGUCAAGCCAAUGUGAAUUUUCAUCUGUUAAAUGCUGCCAUUGGCUUUUUAGCCAACGGAGGCAUGCCUUUAAUAAAUGGACCACCUCCAACACAUCAUCCAUAUCCAGCAAUACCUGGUUAUCAUUUGGGUUACCCAGUACCAAGGCCUCCUGUGCCUGUUCCUACAGCAGUUCCUACAUCUGUACCUUUAUCCAAAGAAGAAUUCUACCAAGCCAAGAAAAUUCUACAGCAAACAGAGGUCCCUAAGAAAAAACCCAUAGAUGUCUUUGAUUCUUUUGCUGAUUUCACAAAGAGACGAACUCCUGAAAGACGAAGAAGUUACUCAAGAUCACGAUCAGGAUCCUGGAAAAAGCACAGUAGAUCUCGCAGUAGUUCACUAGGGAAAAAAAGAUCAUUGACACCCAGAAGAAGAAGUUCUCGUUCUCGUUCCAGAUCUGGACUUAGAGCUCGUUCUAGAUCUCUCAACAGAUCACGCUCAAGAUCCUUAGGGCCUUCAAGAUUAUCAAAACUUCGCUCUAGAUCAUUAACACCAACGUCAAGGAAAUCAAAAUCUAGAUCUCGUUCAGGUCCUAGAAGUCCAAAACCUUUAUCAUCAAGAGCUUCACCAUUACCACCUUUAAGGCGUUCAUCAAAAUCUCCAUUGUCACGUAGAUCAAGGUCAAGAUCUUAUAAACGGUUUUCCAGAUCUCGCUCCAAAUCUUGGUCAAAACGAGAACGUUCUAGGUCAUAUUCUAGACCUAGGUCACCCAGGACAUAUUCUAGGUCACCAAGGCGUUCACCUCGCCGUUCACCAAUUAGAUCACCUCUUCGCAAAUCUUCAUAUUCACCUAGAAGAAAAUCCAAAUCAUUCAGUCCUCAUCGAAGGUCACCAUUUCGUUCAAGGUCCAGAACUCCUCUUUCAAAAAGGAAAAUUUCUAGAUCUAGGACAAGGUCACCUUUUACAAAGAGGUCGUCCUUUUCACCAGCACUCUCUCCACCACGUGCUAAAAGUCCCUAUAAAAAGCCAAUGUCUCCCAUUCCUUUCAGACGAAGGUCUCCAUCACCUCACCGUGGAGGUGGCGGUGGCUAUUAUCGUGGCAGGGGUAGGGGUAGAUAUGGUUAUGAAAAAUAUCGGAACUACCACAGUCCCCCACGCCAGCCAGCUCCUGUACCUGUUCCUGUUCUACCAAAUAAUCUGCCCCCAGUACCUUACAAUCCACAGAUGGGACUGCCACCACCAGAGGAAUACUUCAAGCAUAACCCAGUUGGCUAUCAAGAAUUUGUACGCAAUUUUUAUGCUCAGUUUGGCCCCCAAGCUCAAGCAUGGGCUCAGAGCCAAACAUUCCAGCUUCCAACCACAGAGGGGGCUGUGUCCAGUUUUCCUCAAGCUAAUCCUUAUAUAGCUAAUCAGAGAAUGCCUUGGGAGUCUGUGGUCAUGUCACCAUCAGAAAGACCUAGAUCUAUUACACCACCAAGAUACAGAAAAGAGCAGAGCUACAGGGAUAACACGAGACAAUGGGAUAGGCGGCCUGAUAGAGGGCGAGGUGGUGAUAGAAUGAGAGAAUUUGAUCAGCAUCGCAAAGAUGUCAGUGAGCGUAAAUAUACAGGCAAGGAAGAAGAGCGUAAAUAUAUGAACAGAGAAGAAGAGCGUAAAUAUACAAGUAAAGAAGAAGAGAAACCUAAAUAUAGAGAUAGCCGUAAGGAAAGUAAAGAUGGUGGUCGAAGCAGAGAUAAAUAUGCUACAGACAGGAGAAGUAGUCCAAAGUCUAAAGAUGAAUCGAAAAGCAAAGAUAAGAAGCGACAUGAGAAGAAAAAAGAAGAAAAGAAAUCCAAGAAACGUUCAGAUAGUGAGACCAAGAGGGAAAGCGUUUUAAAAGUAAUCUCUCUAAAGACUAGUCCAGUAAGUGACCAAGAGAUGACAUCAUCACCACCUGUAGAUCCCAAACACUCUCAAGACAUAGUGAAACUUAAUCUUGAAUCUGAAGUGGAAGCUAAAUCUGUGCCCACUGACUCUCCACUCAAAGUUCAACAAUCUGUUCCUGAUGUUGAGAAAGACAAAAUAGUCACUAAAGAAAGAAAAUCUGUUGGCAAGAAGAAAACAGAUGGCCUUGGUACUAAGAAGAAAUCUAAGGAAGGUUUACUUGAAGAUGGAGUAGAAAAGAAAGGGAAAAAGACAAAGAAAAAGAAGCUGACAUUUGGCUCAUCAGAUGCUGACAGUAAACAGGGACUGAAGAAAAAGAAAGCCAAACGUCCAGUGGAUUAUAAAUCUGAAAACAAUGUCUCUGAAGAUGGUGAGGAACGAGUUAGCCCAUUAAAGAAAGCAAAGCUGUCUGAAGUGGGAGAGAAAACAGAUGAUACAAUGCAGUCUGCUUCUGGUGAGCUUGAUCAUGUUCAAACCACUGAGCCAACAUUUGAAGUUAGCACUGAAGUGGAGGCAAGUAACCUUGGGGAUAAUCUAUCUGAAGAGAAAAGCACAGAUGUCUUGAGCUCUGCUGCAGUUAGUGGUCAGACUGAGUUAACUAGUCAAAAUAAAACUGAACUUGUACCAGAACUUCCUGAACUCAGCAAAUGGGAAAGGGAGGACUUUGAUCUUUUUGAAGCUCUUGAACAACCCAAAGAGAAACCUCAAGAAAAAAUGAUGCUGCCGAGAUCUGUUGUUGAUAAAGCUGAGAAGUUUUUGAGCUACAAGCCCAUGAAGAAUGCUGUCAUUGCUCCCAGUACAACCAUGACAAGCAAAUCUCCAGAGUCACCCCCACCUCCUGAGAAACGAAACACUGAUACAGCUGCUUCCAGAAGAGUUUUCAUUGAAAGAAAAGACAGUAGAGACAAGAAAACUGAGCUGCAGAUUACUGUCAAAACUGACAAGAACAAAAAUGAUAACAGUAAUGGCAAACGCCAUUUAACGUCAAAAUAUGAAGAAACUCGGCAUCACUAUCGCCAUAGCAGUAGUGAUUUUGAAGAAGACCAACGCUCUGUUGUGAAAUCACGGUCUUUAGAAAGAGAACUUCAAGAAAAAGCUAAAUCCAGAAAAAGCAAAGAGAAAGAAAGAAAAAGAGAAGAAAAAGAAUCCAAAAGAGAUAGUCGCUCUUAUAAAGAAAAUACUAGAGAUGACUCUUCCAAGAAAGAUAAGACUGAUAUUCUUAAAGAAAAGCCAAAGGAAUCUGAAUCUAAAGAAAGACGUCACAGCAAAGAUUUGUCGGGUGGAGGUGACAUUCACAAAUCGUCCAAAGAUUUACGUCACAAGCUUGAAGAAAAAGCUAAGUCAAAAACAGCAAUUGAUCCAAGAAAACUAUCUGUGCUGGACGAGUCAGAAUUUGUACCAGAUUAUGAAGAUUUAGGUGUGGAUGUUUCCAGUGAUAAAGAAACAGACAAUAUCUUGACCUCUCAUCAUUCAGGAGCCUCUACCCCAGAUUCUCCUGCCCUGGAGAGCAAGAGGAGGAAAAAAGAGGAGGAGGAGACUGAGGGAGAUACCAGAGUGGAAGAGACCACCACAGACAAUGAAGAAACUAGCAAGCAUAAAAAGUCCAAGAAGAAACACAAACACAAAGAGAAGAAAGAGAAGCACAAGCACAAAAAGAAGAAACACAAACACAAGAAGAGCAAGGAAGAGAAAGAGGUGAAAGCACAGACUAGCAAACCUGACUCUACAUAGUACAUGUGGAGAACUCUUUUUAUUGAAACUACAUUGCUCAACAUCUUAAACAUUCAAAAGAUGGGUAAUGGAGAAUCUUGUGAAGGAAGUUGAUGUAUGUAGCAGUUCUCAGAAUGGAACUAUCCAUGUGCUCUAAGAAUAGGCACAUGAGUGCCCUGUGUAUGGGGGCAGAGUGGGUUAGGUUGUUUUCUGCAAUACCUUAACUGAAGGGUAGGCACCCUUUUCAGCAUUGAUUACUUCACUGCAUGCUGGCUUGAUGUAUGGUCAUUCACUUUAAAUUCUUACACACAGAAAGGACCUAUGUAGUUGUAAUUGAAGAAUUCUUAAAUUGUAUCAGUAUAAGUGCACUAUUAUAACCAUGUUUACUUAAAGCUGGCAUUUAUAAAGAGUCAAUAUAUUUGCAAAGUUCUCUCAUAAGCGCUUAUAGGCAAACACCAUGUCACAAUGGCAUGACCAAUACUUAGUUAAACUAUGAAUGUACACAUCCUGAGCUAACAUUCAGGAGUAAAAUGUUUGAUUCAUAUCUACAGAAUUAACAUUUGUAAUAAACUCAACAAAAUAACUAGGUCAAUUAUCAAUUGAAAGAAGUCUAUUGGUAGCUUGUAAAGAACAAAAAUCAAGACAACAGUUAUGGUACAAAGAAAGACAAUUCUGUGGUUUGACUCAUAAAGUAAAUCUUUCUAGCAUUAAGAAGUAAUUUUAGAAAAUAAUAUGCACAUAAUAGCAAUGAAUUUAAAAUAUUGAUUUAAAAAAAAAAAAAUUGUAUCAGGCCAGUUUUUUUGUUUUUGUUUUUUUUUAGUCUACAAAAGAAAACUAAUCAUUUGUAUAGUUAUUUGUUGUUUCUAUAUCUAUUUAGUACCCCAUUUGGACCUUGUGAUCUAUGGGGCAGAUGAUAUAAUGGUCAUCUGUUUCAUCAUAUGUCAAUUCUAUUUACAUAUUUAAUCUGGGGCUUUAAUUUGAAUUACAAUAAUUUAUCAUACCCAAUUGAAAAGCGUAAUGAUUUAAAAUUUAAAAACCAUUUCCUAUGAAAUCAUAUGAAAAGAAAAUGUGUUUUUCUCAUGAAGUUUCUUAUAAAUAUUGUUUGUCUCCAUGAUUUCAUUUGUCCCCCCCCCCCCCCCCACCCAUAAACAUGUCCACUCACAAGAAUAAAAGUCCUAUCAUUUGCAACACUUGUGCAAUGAAAUAAAUUUGUUAAAGACAAGUUCCAAUCAUUGUGUUUUUGGUUUUCAAAUGUAUGGUUCUGGGUAUUCUAGCUUCUAAAUCAAGGUGUGAUAUGUUGAACUAUGUACAACUCAUACUCACACAUGUGAAACACAACUUAUUGAUCUUACAAGUUGAACUCAACAUUUAGCAGGUGUGUAGGUCUAUCACAUAAUCAAUCCCCUCCAGUGAAUGAUGGGACAGUUUUAUCAUUUCCUUUCUUCAGCUUUGUGUCACUGAGACUGGUGCAUACUCGUCUCAGCUGUUGGUAUAUAGAUGACAUUCUGAUCUGUUUUGUCUUGAUUGCACAUCUGUGAAGCUUGACUGUAUAAAUACUUACACUAAUAAUAAUCAUUAGUGAGAGAUGGGCAAUAAUUAUGUUUUGUGAGCAAAUAAUGAUGUGUUAUUGAAAGAAUGUGUGAUGUAUGUACGAUAGUCACUACAUUCUCAAUCUGUACAGUACUAGAGUGUUGGCCAUCAAAGUAUUUUUAUUAUCUUUGUUGCUAUUGUUAUGAAAAUUACAAAUAAACAAUUUUAAUGUG